UACUUUUCAAAAUAUCAACAAAUAAAUGAACUAUCUCAUAUAUUAAUGAUUACUCUCGCACACAUAUACUAGACUAAUAAACUUUUAAACAACCAUUCACCUACUUCCUCAUGCUUUCGAGAGAGAAAAAGUAUGAGAAGAGGAAAUAAUCGAAAAAUGAUGAAGCUAUAAGAGUUGUAGGCAACCUUCACUAAUAAGUGAAAGUGGUGGCAAAUGGGAGGCCAAAGAAGACAGGCUUUGACAUCAGUGUAGUCAUAUCACAUAUGUGUGGGGUGGCAUUUGCAGGAAUGGGAAAGGACGUUGGUGGUAGGAAUCUGGAUGCUUGUGUUGGUUUUGGAGGCAGAGAAAAGACGAGAAUGGAGGAGAAGUGGCAAUCAACUAGGGAUGAGGAAUUCCUAGAAUGACUAAAAGGAUACCCGACUAAAAGCAAAUAAAAAUGCGUCAUUUUUUCUCUUUGUGCCAGCAAAACUAAACCUGGCCAAUAUGGUAGAGUGUGCAACGAUUUGUUUUUUAGCAGACCGCACUGAACCAAACCGACAUCGAGGCGGGACCAAACAGACUAAAUAUAAUGCAUUGUGGUCCUUGGUUCUAUGAAUUUAAUAAAACUUAAAGGAACAUGAGCAUUAUUGAUAUUUGGACCGGACAGAACCAUACUAAAUGCAAUCUAGCUCUAGUCCUUGGUCCUAAAAUUUUUUUAACUUUUGGACUACGAUUCUCAAGGUUUGGUCUGGUCUAGUUCGAACUGGACAAUUGCAUACACCCUACAACAUUUCCCUAAUAAAUGGACACCAAAAGCGUAAAAGUGGUUUAAAAGGUAACUUCUAAGGAAUUUACUAGGCUUGAAGGAUUUUCCUUAGGCUUUUGCUGCAAAACACUUCCUUAACAAAAGCUACAAUAUUUGGAAGGUCCAAAGAGUAAAAGCAUAGCCUUUUAAACUUUAAAUCUAGCUUUUGACACCAUUGCCCUCCUCAUACCAAUUAACCAUUUUGCGGGUUUUAUCAAUACAUGCCCCAUACCCGAUCAGUGCGGGGAUUCUCCGUGUUGACUGGGUCGAGGACGGACAGGUACCCGCGGUCAUGGGUUUGAUUGUCAUCCCUAGGUGUUAGUGGUUAAUUAGAAUUAAGAGACUAUAAUUUAAUGAUAAUUAUUUUUAGGGGUUUUGUUGGGUUAAGAUUAAUGGCUUUGUCUUCUCUGUUUUAAGCAACAGAAGAAUAGAGAAAAGGAUUAUGAAUUGAGGAUCGGAAGAGGAGUUUUGAACACCUAUGUAUUGAUUUGGUAGGAUCUUCUUUUCUCGAAUUAAUCUAAUGGAUCUAUCUAUUCUUCAUUCGUCUUCUUUCUAUAUCAAUUUUUCUUCCUAAAUCUAUUUUCCUAAAAACCGCAAAUAACAAUGAUACGGCUCCGAUCUGCAAGUCUUUUAUAUGCAUGUUCUUUGAAUGAUCUACCCCUCUUUUGCCAUAUCUCAAGUUUCUUUUAUGAUGGCAACCCGUUCUCAUGCCGCCACUCACCAAUAUUGUGUAACCUCGUGCACUUCUUCUUCUGUAUUUCGAGCUUCAGUCUCAUCUGGAGAUGUGUUGAACCUUCAUUAUGGGUCUUUUAACAAGUGUGAUUUGAUCCAUAGUUUUCUAUUGGGUUUUUCCCAAUUAUGGGAGUUGGUUGUGAAUACUUAAAUUGUCUAGGUUUGUUGUAUGGUACGCCUCUCCGGGUAGAGCAAUUGGUCGAGGUUGGACAACUCGAAUAGGGACUCCAACCUAGUCUAUAACUCUCUACAGUAGAAGCAUCGAUUUAAUCAAUCUAAGGUAGUACUCAGCAUCGACCAAAUGAAGGGAUUUGGGGGGAUUCAUGCCUAAUUGAGAUCCCAACUUAUAAUUAGCUAGAGUAGUUGUUAAAGUAGCUUAGUUAGUUUAUGGGCCGUUUACUUGUCAUUCUUUUUCUGUUAGCUGCCACAACAGAAAACAAAAUUAAAAUGAAAACGAAGCUGUCAUUUCCUGGAAAACAAAACCUGAAAAAACCUUGUUUAGCUGAGAAUUUUGGUGAGUUCUGAAACUGAUUUCUGAAAAUGAAAACCUGUUUAGUUGCUUCAUUUUGUUUUCUGAUUCUUGAUUAUCAUACAACCCUAGCCAUGAUUAUAAUUUUUAAUUCGAAUUAAAUAGUUUUUAAACUACAAAUAAACACAAUACAAGUACAAUUGGAUAGUAAUUAAGUACUAGUACAACAUAAAAAUGCCUAUUGCAAAGAUUUUUGAAUUUUCCAGAAUGGAAACUUGAGCAGUAUGUUAAAGGCUCUCGCAAUGCGCACUUCCAGUAAAGAGGUUACAUAAGACGAAUUGAGAAUCUUGCAGUCCAUUAUGAUAAAACUUCUUUCUCGUUUGAAGGACUUGGAUGAGAUUUUUGCUUUGGUAUGACAUGGGGCGGGGCUGGCGGAGGAAGAAGAUGGGGCGACCGGCGGGGCUAUGGGAAGAGUCCAGAGGAGGGGUCGAGCGAGGCAGCUUUUUUCUAUGGUUGUGGGUGAAAGAGUUUAGUAAAACGGCGCCGUAUAGAGCAUGGAGGUAAAAGAAAAAAAAUGUGCCCACGGUGAUUCGAACACGGGUUCUCAUUAAAAGCCAGCAUGUGUUUUCCGCUGGGAAACGGGGGAAUAACCCGUCCCCUUGUUUAUAGAAAACGAGUAUUUAUUGUUUAUCCACAGCUUUUCCAUUUAUAACAAUUGGUUUUUUCCAACGAAAACGAGAUCGACAAGUGAACACGUUUUUUGUCAUUUGUUUUAUGUUUUUUAUUUUUUAAACAAAAAACAGAAAACGAAAUGAGAAGUGAACAAGGCAUUAGUUUCUUAAUCACUGUUCUUGUUUGGCUUGAUAGCAAACCUAAGUUAAAGUAAUGUUACAUCUAGAGACCAUGGAUUAAAUAAUUGUGUACUUCACUUACCCUGUGCUACACCCGGUCGCUGGUUAUGCUUAAUGACACGUAGAAAUGUCUAUUCUAGACCUCAUAUUAUGAUCAAAAGUGCAUACAUUUCCUAUCAUUAUCGUCAUAAUACCUUUGAUUUGUGCUAUGAUUGCUUCAAGCGUGUUUUAGCAACCUUAUAAUUGCUCUUAUAAAAUUUAUACUUUUUUGCUAGCUUUUUGUGAUUUUUCAGGUCAAAGCAAACUAGUGGAUCACUGGGCAGCCGUAGGAGACAUCGAGAUCCAGUUGUUGGAGCCAAGAUUCAAAGAGAGUGCUUCAUGCGCCAUUUUUUGGAGAUCAACUACUUCGUCUGAAAGGCAUCCUAGAGCAUCAUCAUUCGUUGGCCAUGUGUUUGGAGGCUUCUGAUUGGCUGGAGUUGUGAUUUUUCCUUCUUAAAAAGCCUAAUAAAAGGCCUAUAAAUAGGUCUCUACGGAUAGAAAACUGGAGGAGGAGAUGAGAGGCCAAGCAAGGUUCGUUACUCUACCGACAAAGCAACCCUCCUAACUUAGACCAAGAACAACCUCCAAGGGAGAAAGGCACCAGAAACGGUGGCAUGGGCCCCAUUUUCUCUGUCGUCGGUACCAUUUUCUGUGGGCAUUUUGGGUUCUUCGUUUCAAUCAGUGAACACCCACCCAGGAACCCCUCCCAAUGGCUGGUUAAGCUCCUUAGUUGAGUAGGUAUGUGAACCCUAGGGGUUCUAACCAUGUAAAACUCGAUGUUUGGUUUAAUACGAUUGUAUUUAUUCAUAUGUGUUUUUUUUUAUUUCCACUAUUUUGUUAUUUGUAGAUUCGAAUGAGAGCUUAGUCGACCUUGCACUCUUUCAAGGUGCAAGGAUCGAAAUUCAAGCCGCUUUGGUGAACCUCUCCCUGUUCACUUUCAUUUUCGUUUCUUGUUUUCUGUUUUCAUGUCAUAAAUUUGGCAACCAAAACGAGAAAACUUGUUUACUUUUCAUUCAGUUUUCUAUUCGUUUCCAACUAUGAAAACAGAGAGUGGCAACUUCCUGCUGUUUUCGGAAACGACAAAAUGUUGUUUUCACCUGUUUUCAACAUCUGUUUUCUCAAAAAUAGGAAACAGAAACGAAAGUAAACAGGCCCAAGGUUCUGCUGUAGAGGAGAAGAUGGCGCACUUACUCUCUCCGUUUUACAUCUUUUUCUUGUUGGUAGGGCAACAAACCAUCAAAAGGAACUAGCCGAUUUGCAUGAAUGUCGGCAAUGUGGUAACUUCGUUCUACCUUCUUCGUACGAUUUGCUUGGUCCAAUGAGAUUGUCCCAUUUACAAUAUAGAGUGGGAUUUAGGUAGAUUGUUCCUCAUAUUAUAUACCAAGACUUUUCUAAUGUUGAUGCAUAUGAAAAGGGGGGUUUUGUGUAAAAAAUUCAAAAAAAUAUGAGUAAUGCCACACCCCCAAAGCAAAUUCAAAGUUCAUCAUACUUUGAAUUGCUAGUCUCUAGAAUAAUAUGUGAUUUAAGAGAGACUAGUGUAUGGACUAUGAACGAUGUCCUUGUCAUGAAACUUGGAUCUAUUUUAAGAAAAACAUAUGGAUUGGUGCUUCAUACCAUCCUUUUCGAAUUCUCAAACUCCUCCUCGAAAGAAGGAGUCUUCUGCACUUAAAGCAAAAAAGGAGGGUCAAUAUGUAGCUUCGAACAUUCAAUAUCCUACUACGUGAAGUCUACAUCAAUAGAUGAUGUAACUGCAAAUAAAUUAUGGGGUAAAAGGCCAAGUAUGAGGUGUCCUAUCCUUGGAAAAAUCGGGUUUGGGAAGAGUUACUAGUUGAGUCUUGAUGGGGUAGGCCUACGAGAUGAUCCUAGUUCCUCUCUAGUACAAGUAAAAAUUUCACUUGUAUGAUAGAAUUGCCAACUUGAUGAUGUGUUUUCAAGGACACGGAACACCCCUUGACUUUAUUGACCAUCCACACGAUCGAGGAAAAGGAGCUAGAAAAAUUGCUCUUGCUUUAUCAAGUCUCUCCAAGUACAAAAGUACGAGGCAAAAAACCCCUUAUGUGCAUAAAGUACCCCGAAAAGUGCAAUGUGGCAUGGCAAGAUCGUCUUAAGACGAAAACACUUCAAAACACUUACGUGGGCAGGAACGCAAAUACUUCCUAAUCAAGCUACAUAUGCUUUGCCCCAAUAUUCAUUAAAUAAGACUCGAGUAAGAGGAAGCGAACUCCAUCUCUUGAAAGAUGAAUCAUUUCGUCCUUACGAAGUACGUUUUGAGCUUCAUUGUAGAGGAUCAAAGUUUCUGAGUGCAAGGGUUGACCUUGUAAGCUCCUUAUGAUCCACUACCUAAGAUCGGAAGUUAUGUGUCAUUGUGAAGGUCUAGGGAGGUGAAGGAUGUUGAGAUUAAGUUUGUUUGGGGACAAGCAAAAUUCAUGUGUGGGGUUAUGUGAUGACACAUAGAAAUGUCUAUUCUAUACCCCCGUAAUAUGAUCAAAAGUGCAUACAUUUCCCUAUCACGACAUUAAAGGAUUUGUGCUAUAAUUGCUUCAAGUGUGUUCUAGCUACCCUAUGAUGCUUUUAUACGAUAGAUACACUAUUGGUAGCAUUUUAUGCAUUUUCAGGUCAAAGCAGACUAGUGGACCACUUGGAAACUGACUCGACUCUACUGUCACUCCAGGAAUUGGCCAAGUGAAACCACUUCCUAAAGCGUAGUAUAGCGGGUUAGGUUUAUAUGUCAACCCGGGUCCUAGAUUUGAUGACUACUCAGUGAAUUCGUGUUAUCUAGCAAUGAAACUGGAAUGCAAGUCUAAACUAACAAAGCAGGUAAACGGUUGUAUUCAGGUUAAAGAGGUCACCCGGAUAUGGUUCCCCCUAGACUGCAGUUAAGCCGGAUUGUAAUUACCAAGUUCAGUUUCUAUGAAAGUUAUACUGCGGAAGGUUCUUAAACAGCCUGAAGUCUCGACUAAAGGUCUUCAGACCCUCUCAAUCUGAAUCUCUAGCGGGCGACUAACCUCCACCGGAGUAGACAGAUUGAGGCCCUAAGAACGAAACCUCCACUACCGGAGUAAAUCCGGUACAGAAUAGUGAGUUGGUUCCUCGACUAAAGUCACCAACUCCCUACCUUCAAUCAAGGAUACUCUAUUAACCUAGGCAGAUAUUCUCAUUCUAGGUUAAAGCAGAAACAACAGGAAUUUGAUCAGGAUUCAAGUCAUUCAAUCAUUAAAACCUCAAUCGAAUAUAAUCAAUCAUAGAAUCAGUACUUGGGUUCAUACAAUCAAACCUAACAUACAAAUCUAGGGUUCUCCAUACCCAGAUGAAUGGAAGAACUACUCCAUGGAGAAGAAAGCAAAAGCAGAAUCAGACGCGGAAUUCAUACUGUGAAGGAUGGAUUCCUGCUUCUGGAUGUUGAUCGGCACUUCUCCAAGCUCAAGCUGGCCUCCAAUGGUGUUGAAGAUCAAUCUAGGGCACUUGGAGACUCUUGUUCGUCGCUUUCUCUCUCUAGGAACUUAUCUCUCUCUCUAAAACUCGAAUCCCCCUCUGUUUGGCUGAAAAUCUGCUUAAAAAGGCGGCCAAAGCACGGUCGAGGGCACGGCCGUGCUUUGCCUGAGCCUGCCCGUGUCUCGGCCAGUGUUAAUUACACGGCCAGCAGUUGGGGAGAAACACGGCCGUGCUUCGCGUUGGACACGGUCGUGCUUUUGUGGAACACGGCCGUGCUUUGUCUCGGCCCUGCCCGUGUAAUCAACUCAACUCUCGGCAUAAAAAGCACGGCCACAGGAACACGGCCGUGUAAUGCCUUAGGUGUGCCCGUGUUUUGGCCCCAGCUUGACGAAAUGACCUCCGAAUGCCCCGAAACUCGUGGUUAGCCUUCCCUUUGAUGCCUGGGACCUGAAAUAUGACAAAAUAGCACAACCCGGCGUAAAAUAGGCCAAAACACACGACUAUGCCCCUCAAACGGAUAAGAACUAGGGGCGCAAACAUGUGCAAUUACAUUGUUAUCAGAAACUGUAGGAGACAUCGAGAUCUACUUGUUUGAGCCGAAAUUUGAAGAGAGUACGAUUUAAAGAAUCAAUACCCAAAAUGGCACCCUUAGGUGUGAAAUGGCACUUCAACCAUCUUUUUGUGGAGAUGAACUACUUCAUCAGAAAGUCAUCCUAGAGCAUCCAGAUUCACUGGCCAUGUUCUUGGAGUCUUCUGUUGGCUGGAUGACGGUGAUUGAAUUGAUUGAAUUGUUGGCCCUCAGCACGGACUAUAACACUAGCCACAAAUCAAAGAAUAGGAGAGGGCUUCGAUAUCUUGGACAGAGUGUUUGAGUCGCACAUGGAUCGUCAUCCUGACAGGAAAUUGAAGCUUCCUAUGCUCAGACUCUGCCCUUUAUGCUUUUUCGUGCUCUAUUUUGCUUCCCAAGAUAGACUUAUCGCUGAUGACUCAAUACACGCUUAGUCGCACGUUGGGUUCCAACUCGAUCAACAAAAUGGUGGUGUCUCUCCGGAACUUGCAUCUCAGUAAGGUGAAAUCCAUGCCUUCUUCCUUGAUAGGAGGAGGCGACAGUGGAGGUUUCCCUAUGUCGGCUAAAUCCUCUAACCCGGUUUCUGCAGCGUGCCAACACUUUGACCUGUACUACACAGAGAGGGCUCGGAUACACAAAUGAUUUAUGGGACAAGGUAUGUCAAGAGGAGUCGGGUAUGGAGAGAGAGGAGUUCGGGAGGGACAUUGGGGUGAGGAUGUUCGAGAAACUUAGCAACGAGAACAUUGUUGGAAUAGAGCGGCCCUGGGACUCGCGAAUUUGGUAUCUUUCUUCAUUUAAACAAAUUACAAAUAUUGGGUGGGUGGUGAAGAAAAAUAAAAAAGAAUUAAAUUUUAUUAUUUUAAUAGUUAUAGUUAUGACUUAUGAGGUGAAAAAAUAAAAUUAAUUUAAUUUUUUAUAUUUUUUAUUUGACAAGUCACUCAUUUAACGAUCAAAUGUAUGAGUUCACCGUCACAUAGGAUGAAUCUAACGAAGUUGGAUGGCUAGUCACCAGUGAUGAAAAAAGAAUUAAAGUGAGUAACUAAUAAGAAAUGAAUACUUUUUGGAUGAAAAAUAUGAAAACGUUUGAUUAGUGACCAAACAUGUAAUUUAGCCUUUAAGCGAUAUUACCUCCAAAGCAGAGCAGUAGGAUAUCGUGCUUCUCCCGUUCCACGAUAUAGGCAAAAGAGAUUGACCGGGGGUUGUCACGUGAAUGGGUAGAAGUUAGUUGGAUGUUGAAGCUUCCGCGACUCUUUGCGCCUUUGGCUUUAGCAACCACAUUUCUCAUCCUCCAAAAUGGAUGGGCUACUGCUGAAUGCUCUCAUGUCUACCUAAAUGAAAACUAGCACAAACGAAAUUGGAUCUAAUGAUUAAUUUUACCACACUACAAUAUACGACGAUUCCCCUUCAUACCGCAGUCAACUAUGUCGAAAAUACACUUGUAUAGUCAAAACUUUCGUGUUUGUGCCAAUAAUAGCCAAAUUUGACG